AUGAUCUCCAGUGAACCAGAUCCUGUGAUAAAUUCCUCGCUUGUGCAAGGGGAGUCGCUAUUUGAGAGACGAAUGGAAAUCAGAACGUCCGCGCGUAAGGCCUUCCUGGAGGCGGAUGGGGAAAUGAGGAUCCGGAAGUCUCUUGAACAUCGUACCAGGCCCGAGCGUGGUCCCUUUAAUGAGGGAGAUUUAGUUUUCUUUUGGCGGAAAAAUCGAUUUGACAGCAAACAUCAUUGGCAUGGCCCAGGGGUGGUGAUUGGAAAGAGUGGAGGCUCAAAGGUGUGGAUAGCACGAGGCACCAAGGUGUAUCGAUGCUGUCCCGAGCAGUUGAGAAGGCUGAGCCCAGAUCAGGAGGCCAUGAUACGUUUGUUGCCAGCUGACAUGGUGCGUGUGCGUGAUGCCGUUGGAGCGCAGGGAGCAGGUAACUAUCAUGACCUUAGCAUGUUGGAGCGACCCAGCGACCAUGAAGUUGAUGCUGAAGUAGAUGCUGCUCCCCGUAAUCAGGCAGUAAGCGGGUCUUCUGACACGGCCGAAGAACCAGCAAGAUUGCCUGUUGGAACGGGAGAAGUGGGCAUGGAAGGAGUUGAAGAGAGCAUGGCAAGACCAGUGCGUCUGGAGCAUGAGGAUCCAAGGCCAGUGGCUGUUGGCGAUGAGUCGCCAACCAAAAGGGCCCGUGUGGGUGUUGAGCCAACACCAUUGGUGAAUGCUCUCCGGUUUGAUCCAGAACUGCUUGAUAGUGGAAGCAGGCCGCGAGCGAGCCAAGUGGACGAUCCUGUGCAUAUUCCAGCGCCGAACAGUGACGGUCCUGAUGAAGAAUUGGAAGUGCUUGUUGCGGAUGUUGAUCAUUGGGUUGUUGAUCACAAGCGGUCGAAGUUGAUUCGCAUGCAUGUGCUUGAGCGUGAUCGUGCUUUUGUGCCAUGUUGCGACAAGUUGCCAGUGCGUGUUGAGGACCUUGAGGACACUUGUGUUGUUGUGAUGUUUGAUCGUCAAGGCAUGAAACAUCGCCAGGAAUGUAAGUGGCGAGAUAGUUCAUCCUUGAAUGUUGGACAAUGCUUGUGGACCGGCAUGACUGAGUUCUCGUUGAAGCGUGGUUGGCAGUGGCAGACACAUGAGCUUGAUGAGUGCUUUGAAGUUGAUGUAAAGAAAGGCCGAAAAGAAGUCAAUGAGAAACUUCUUGACCCCAAGCGAGCCCAAGGCUUGAAGAACGCGAAAGUCAAGGAGUGGAAGAAGUUGGUUGAUAGUGGUGCGAUCAUUGUACAUAGGGGCAAAGCGGCAGCAAGGAUUCGGGAACAGAUACCAAGGAAGAGGCUGCUUAAGUCUCGUUUUGUUGUAACUGAAGCAGACGAAGGCACGUCCCCGAACACAGCUGAUCUUAAGGCGAGAUGGUGUAUUCGGGGAUACCUUGACCCUGAUGUUGUCAGCCUUGACACCAGUUCACCAACUCUUUCAGCUGAGGGGCUUGCCGUUGCGCUGCAGUUGGCUGCGUCAUGCAAAUGGUGUAUACAAAUAGCAGAUGUGGAGGGAGCCUUCCUUCGAGGAGACAAGUUGCAUCCAAGUCGUGGCAGAUUGUUCAUUGAGUUGCCUCCUGGUGGAGUUGAAGGUGUCGAUGAAACUUGUAUAGUUGAAGCAGUCAAAACGGUGUAUGGUUUGGCAGAUGCUCCCAAAGCUUGGUGGCAAUGUUUCAGUAAAAAGUUGAUUGGCCUUGGACUCAGACCCUCACGUUUUGAUCCUUGCGUGUAUUACUAUUUCCAUGACAACAUCGUAGCCGGAGUAGUGACGCUGCAUGUGGACGAUCUGUGCAUGGCAGGAAAUGCGAUGUUUGAAAGUCAUGUGGUUGUGCCCCUGAAGGAAAUGUACCCCUUCAAACACUGGAAAGUUGGCGAGGGCGAGUUUCUUGGGAAGCACUUGAAACAGGAGCCUGAUGGAAGCAUCAAAAUCACACAGAAUGCGUAUGCCCAGCAGUUUAGAGCAUUGUCCAUCUCACGCGAACGCAGGCGAAAUAAGUCUGAUGCAAUUACUGAGGAGGAGACUGUGUCCAUCAAAGACAAACGAAUGGCCAUAGAAAUGCUGCUCCUCAAGGAGGACAUCGCGAAGUACAACAUUUCACUACGUUGGAUGGCUACUAAGCAGAUGAUUGUGGACGUGUUAACCAAGAAGGGU